UCAGUUUUCCUCAUGGAUAUUUUUUCCUCUAAAGUAUCCCCUGCUGUGGAUUAUGGAGCCGGCGCGUUUCUGCUUUUCAUUGCAAUUCUUUCCACUGUGGGCAACUUGCUGGUUCUUGUCAUGGCAUACAAGCGGUCAACCCACAUGAAACCCCCAGAGCUGCUGAGUGUGAAUCUCGCCAUGACCGAUCUGGGAGCAGCCGUCACCAUGUACCCUCUGGCUGUUGCCUCAGCGUGGAACCACCACUGGAUAGGAGGAGACAUCACCUGUGUCUAUUAUGGCCUGAUGGGAUUCUUCUUUGGAGCAGCUAGCAUGAUGACCCUGACCAUUAUGGCUAUAGUUCGCUUCAUUGUGUCUUUGACACUCCAGUCACCCAAGGAGAAAAUCAGCAAAAGGAAUGCAAAGAUCCUUGUGGUGACCACAUGGCUGUAUGCUCUGCUGUGGGCUCUGUUUCCUCUUAUUGGCUGGGGUAAAUACGGCCCAGAGCCCUUCGGCCUAUCCUGUACACUGGCCUGGAGAGACAUGAAGGAACACAGCCAGUCGUUUGUCAUCACCAUCUUCCUCAUGAACCUGGUCAUGCCGGCCAUCAUCAUCAUCUUGUGCUACUCUGGCAUUGCGGUGAAACUAUAUGUCACCUACAAGUCUAUGGAGGACAGCAAUCGCAUACCCAACAUGAUAAGGAUGCAGCGCCGGCUAAUGGUGAUCGCAGUGUUGAUCAGUGUCGGGUUUAUCGGCUCUUGGGCACCAUAUGGAAUCGUCAGCCUGUGGUCCAUCUACCGCCCUGGUGAUUCAAUCCCACCUGAGGUCAGCAUGCUACCCUGCCUGUUCGCCAAGACUUCCACUGUAUAUAACCCCUUCAUCUACUACGUCUUCAGCAAGACCUUUAAACGAGAAGUUAACCAGUUGGGUCGCCUGUGUGGCAGAUCCAACCUGUGCCGUACCUCUGAUGCCAAAAACGUCCCGGAGAAUACCAUCUACAUGGUAUGUGAUGUGGACAAGUCCAAACAGGGAAGAGAGGACCAAUCAUUUGGGAAGAGCAGAGAGGUUGAAACUCAAUUGUUGCCGUAUGAAUAGGAUCCAUAAUGUGCGCUCCAAUGGGUGGAUCUGUAUAGGACAUGGUUUAAAGGAAUUUGCUAGCUAUAUUUGCCUGGUUUAAGGUGAAUGAAAAACAAAAAAGGAGUCAGUGAACUUUUUGGUGUCCUUUUUCAUUGUUAAAUCUGAAAUACCACUCCAUAUCUUCACAUUUGGAGAGUUCAAUCGGGAUUAAUUGAAGUGGCUUAGUACAAGGCUUAGCACAUUGCUAUGUGGCACAGUGUUAGCAAGGGGUUCAGGUGUUUUAUCUUGGCGGCUUUGAUAAAAAAAUAAAUUUAAAAAAUGGCAUUUUUGCACUAUUUCGUUGACACAUCACAUCACACCUCAAAAGCUUUUUAGUGAAUAAUUCAGUAUCUAGAGCUUUAUAUCAGCAUGCAAAGUAAGAUCAAAUGCAUUUCAAGACAAAUUUAUUAAAAGCGUAGUUCAACCAAAAAUAAAAAUGUUGUCAUUAUUUACUUACCCUUAACCCCGUAUAAUUUCCUUUCUUCUGUGAAACACAAAAGGAGAUGUAAACAGAAUGUACGAGUUUUGUUGUUCAUUACAAGAAAAUUAGAGAGUAUUUUGUACUUUCAAGCCCUAAAAUGGACAAAGUUGUCCAUAUGAAUUGUGCGCUAAAUUCUACGGAUCCCCUCUAGAGGACAAGGAGGGGAUUAUCUUCUGCAAUAGUUUUGCAAGAAGCCACACAAUAGAUUUUUGUGAGGAACAGACCAAAAUUUUAAUUGUCAUUCACUGAUAAUCUUCCUUUCUUAUUGAACACUCAAAUCUCAUUCACACUUGUGUUCGAUUAUAAAAUAUUACCUUUAGACACACAUUCCAGGUUUGAUGUCACUUAUGCCAAACAGCAUUGAUUCUUGCAUUUUAUUUGGAUGGUUAUGAUUUGUCAAGAUAAAUUAAGCGAACAUUAAUUUGUGGUUGAUUGAAAAUGACUCAUUUGGACUCCUUUUUGGAGCUUGGCAGUAUAAAUCACCAUCCAAUCUUGUUGUUGGGUCAAGAGUAGCUUAGACAUUCAGCCUAAUAUCUCAUUUUGUGUUUAAAAAAAGAAAUAAAAUAAUAUAGGUUCAGAAUGACAUUAGGGUGAGUAAGGGGCCGUUUAUAUCGAACGCAUUCUUGUGCUAUAAAAAAGCUAGAUUUAGCACAACAAAUAGAAUAGAUAGUGAAUAGAAUCUAAUGUUUGUAAAAGUUGAAAUUCUAGACAAGGCAUCUUAAACAUCGAGACAGUGCAAGUCAAAGAUGUCUGUCUAAUGUAUGUUUACAUAGACAAACAAUUAACAAAACAGUGCAGUUGAGCGCAAAAACGUGUUUGGCUAUCUAAAUCAGGACAAAAUGUUCAUUUUGGGGUGAAAUAUUCCUUUUACGUUUAAACAUAUUCCUAGUUAUUUUAUUUAUCGCCGUGUUUCUGAAGUGUCCUCAUUUUAUCAUGUUAAAUGAAAAUGUGUUGAAUUGUUAAUUUAAUCUGUUUGUUUGUUUGCUAUAAGGUGGCAAAUGAAAUGUGUUAUGAAAGUUUAAGGUGUCCAAACACACCACACAACUAAACCGACCUCAGGAAAAAAAAACAUCCAACCAAAGAACAUGCAGAUGCUUUUCUUUGAAGAAAUUAUAUUUAAAGGGAUAGUUCACCCAAAAAUGAAAAUUCUGUCAUCAUUUACUCACCAUCAUGUCGUUUCAAACCCAUGAGUUACUUUAAAAAAGGAAUGUCCAAGCUUCUCUUAUCCACACAUUGAAAGUAAAUGGUGACCAUGACUGUCCCCAUUCCAUUUUGAUUGCAUGUAAAAGAGCUGCUUGGACAUUCUUUUAAACAUCUCCUUUUGUGUUCCAUGUAAUAAAGAAAGUCAUACAGGUUUGGAACAACAUGAAGGUGAAUAAAUUAUAAAACAAAGAAAUUUGGGGUGAACUAUCCCUAUAAUAGUGCUGUUUCUAUUUGCUUAAAUUACUUUACUCGCACGUUAGUUUGUGGUUAUUACAUCCUAAGGUGCUGCAAAACCACAGUUGUUGUUCUCUGUAAAUUUCCCUCAGUGGAAAGGAACAUUUACAAAAGUUGUGCUUCCCACCACAAAGAGCGUUUGUACUGGUUCACAUCGGCAGUUCUCAACCUCCCUGAAGCACAUGAUGUUCUGUUGUAAAAAGAUACUUAUACCCUCUUUAAUAUCAGCCUCUGGAAACAAACAUAUAAAUAUUUUAUUGGUUAAGUUGGACACAUGUUUUUAAACGUGCUGUUUCAUGCUGUUAGAAGACUGUUUAUUUUUUACAUUUCAGAUGAAUAUGAGUAACUAAUAAAGGUGUGACCCAGUAUUAAAACCAAAAGGUUUCUUCUGAACCUUGAAUAACACAUUAUUGCAAAUUAUUUUCCUUUAGGAAAAUUCUCUCUUUAGCUUUCUGAGUUUUUAAGCUGCAUGGAACAAUGUUAUUCAGUCGCCCAAAAACUAUUUGGAUAUAUAAGCUACUCUUUAAAAAAAAAAAAAGAAAAGAAAAGAAAAAGUAUGAAUGUUUUUUUUUAGGUUUCAAAUAAAAAACAUAGAUAUACUGUUUAAAAUGAAGGCAAAUUAUUUGGACACUUUCUGAUUGUCAAACGUUAGUGCAACAUGUCCAUAGUUAAUGUGAUGAACUACACCUGUGGUUACUCUGCAAGGACACCUGUGUGAACUUCAGGCGAAAGAAUAUAUAUUCUA